AUGAGAUAUUCGUGCAUCGCAAGUGCUAUUGCCUUAUCAUCUUCUGUUGCAUAUGCCCAGGAGGCAGCAUGUAAUCCACUGAAGAACAGCUCAUGUAGCCCAGAUCCAGCUUUGGGAGGUUCUAUAUCGGUUCCAUUCACCGAGGAAUCAUCGCAUUUUCCAAGAUAUGCCAAGGCAGGUAAUAUUACUUAUUCUGACAAUGGUGCUGAGAUGACUAUUGCAAAGAGAUUUGACAACCCAAGUGUGGUAUCCGACUUCUACCUGAUGUUCGGUAAGGUGCAAGCUAUAAUCAAGGCUGCUCCCGGACAAGGUAUUAUUUCUUCCUUCUACCUGCAGAGUGAUGAUUUGGAUGAAAUUGACAUUGAAUGGACUGGUACGGAUAUCACGCAAGUUCAAACAAAUUUCUUCUCCAAGGGUGUUACCGGUUCUUACGACCGUGGUCAAUUCCACGGUGUCGAUGAUCCACAAGGAAAGUACCACAACUACACUAUUGACUGGACCAAGGACCAAAUUGAUAUUUAUGUUGAUAGUGCUUUGGUGAGAACCAUUACAAGCGAUAACGGACAAGGCUACCCACAGUCUCCAAUGCGUAUCUUCAUUGGUAACUGGGCUGGUGGUGAUCCAGACAAUCAACCUGGUACUAUCGAGUGGGCCGGUGGUGUCACUGAUUACACUAAAGCUCCGUUCAGCAUGUUUGUGAAGGACUUGGUUGCCGUUGAUUAUUCUACCGGUUCUGAGUACUCAUAUUCAGGGACUGAAGGUACUUCGGAUUCUAUUGAAGCCAAGGAUGGUAAGGUAUACGGCAGAUACGACGACGCAGUCGCAGACUUCGACAAACUCGUUAACGGAGGAACUGUAGCAGAUUCUGAAGGAUCAUCAUCAUCAUCAUCAUCUGCUUCUGAAUCUUCUACAUCUUCUGCAUCAUCCGCGUCCGCUACCUCGUCCUCCAAGACGACUGCUACUACGACUACUUCUUCUUCUUCCGAAAAGAAGACUGCAUCUAGCACUUCAACCUCAGUAUCGUCUUCUUUAUCACAAAAUGUCACCACAACUACUGUGAACGCAACCCAGAUCACAUCAAAGCUAACUUCCAGCACAAGUUCGCUCGUCUCAAUCAAUAACAGCAUUAGUGCAUCUAGAACCAGCGCUCUUAAUACUUCGAGCACCUUGGUCACUUCAACUCUUGCUGCAGACGAAAAGACUGAAACACUUUCUGCUGACACAACCACUGCUGCUCCACUGUCCUCUCAAAGUGCAAACGCAACAGUGUCAUCAACCAAGUCCGCAGCUUCCAGUUCACUCAAAACGUCGGACACCAACGGCGCUGCACAAACUCUUCCUCAACUCCUUGCAUUCAUCCCAGCAGCGCUACUCUUAUAA